AGUAGUAUUACUAGUAAUAACCUGGCUAUCAAAACUGGAGUAGGCAACUCUGUCCGUUGAUGCAACACAUUUUAAGGAAAUUAUAAAAUAAAUAUAAAAAAUCGUUGAAACCCUGCCAUGCUGACUCUAAAGACAGUCUCGCAGCUUUUCAAGCAAACCCUUACAGCGGGCAACAUAGCAAUUGUGAACACAGCCGGCCUUAAAUAUUUCGCCCCGCCCAUCAAAUAUCAGAAUGUGGAGCAGCCGGAGAGACCCAAGCUGAGAAUCAUGGAACGCCAGCCACAACUUCCGCCGAACAUCCGUCCGCCUAAGAUGCAGAAACGUCUACGCUACAUGCGCGGUCCGGAGAUGGUUCACAACACCUUGCUCCACAAACAGUACGCAAUUGUAGCCACCGGGGGUGGACGCCUACGAUGGGGGCACUACGAGAUGAUGCGACUGACUAUCGGUCGCAAGAUGAACACUAACACCAUGUUUGCAACGUGGCGUGUCCCAGCUCCCUGGCAGCCGAUUACGAAGAAGGGUCAGGGCCAGCGAAUGGGCGGUGGCAAGGGGGCCAUUGACCACUAUGUUACCCCCAUUAAGGCCGGUCGUGUCAUUGUUGAGAUCGCCGGCAAGUGCGAGUUCGUCGAGGUAAAGCAGUUUCUGCAGCAGGUGGCAAACCAGCUACCGUUCCAGGCCACAGUCGUUUCCCAGGAGAUGCUUGAUGAGCAGAGCGCCGCCGAGGAAGAGCACGCCCGCCUGAACCAGAAUCCCUUCACCAUGAAGUAUGUAAUCCAAAAUAACCUCAACGGCUGCCAUCGGUGGCUUUCGCCUGUGGAUCAUAAAUGGUUCGGCAAACACCUGUAGACUUAAGUUGUUCUCCUAAAAAUAUAGCAAUUCUUGUUAAUUUGUUUCAAAUCCA